UCAUCAAACCGCGACACAAUUACCCGAGCUCCAAUAAACAAAGUGAAUAUGGUGCAAGCAAAAGCUGACAAUGUUUGCUAUUAAUGUUAACUUAAAUAGAGAGAAAAAAAAUCCAACCCAGAAGUAAAAGAUUGCAAAAAAAAAUUACAGUCGGAAGUUGGAGAAAUUGGACCGUAAGUUCUGAACAUGGGAGAGACAGAGAAAGCAAAGAGUGAGACAACACGGACUGAAUCCAGUAUUCAGACAAAGGAAACGGAGAAAAAGAAAAGGUCAAGGGUCAACAAAGUGCUUUCUGAGAUUAAAAAACAGGUUGAGUUUUGGUUUGGUGAUGUGAACCUCCACAAAGACCAAUUCCUUCAGGAAUUGAUUCAGAAAUCCAGAGAUGGAUAUGUUGACAUUUCCGUGCUGACAGCAUUCAACAAAAUGAAAAAGCUAACAACAGAUGUAAAAUUAAUAGCAAGGGCGUUAAAAAACUCAAAUGUUAUUGAGUUGAACAUAGAAGGAACAAAAUUAAGGCGCCGUAUGGCCUUGGGAGAGCAGCCACAAGAUGUUAACGACCGCACGGUUUAUGUGGAGUUGCUACCCAGAAGUGUUUCACAUGGUUGGAUAGACAGAGUGUUCAGUAAAUGUGGAAAUGUGGUCUACAUCAGCAUCCCUCGCUACAGAACGACUGGUGACCCGAAAGGAUUUGCCUUUGUGGAAUUUGAAACUGUAUCGGGAGCUCAAAAAGCUAUUGAGCUGUUAAAUAAUCCUCCAGAAGAUGCACCACGAAAGCCUGGAGUCUUUCCAAAAACAGUAAAAAACAAACCAGUUCCUGUGUUCAGCUCCACUGACAACACUGAUACAAACAAAAGUACAGAUGAGAAAAAGAAAAAGAAAAAAAAGAAACCUCGAAAAUCAGAAAACUGUAACCAGCCAGCUGCAGAGCCAAUGGAACAGUCCCACACCAAAAAUGUCGAUAGCUUGGACAAAGGAAAAGGAAGCAGAGUGACAUCCGACUGUUCAGAAACUGAUGUUGCAGACCUCAGCAGAAAUAAAUCAAAAGGUGAAUCACGGAGGCGAGAUAAAACCGAGGAGACCAGUCGGAGAAAGCGGAAACGAACUAGUCCUGGAAAACUGGAGGAAGGAUCCUCUGCAAAAAUAAGAAAAAUCAGUGACAGAGAAAAAGAGAAGACAGAUAGUGAAAAAGACAUUAAAGACAUUUCAACAGAAGAUGAGCGUGGUUCUGGAGACAAGAAGGAUGAGUCCCUAUCAAAAAGCAAGAGAAAGAGGAAAAAGAAACACAAAGAUAGGCACAAGGUGGAAGAAGAAGUUAUUCCUCUGAGAGUACUAUCCAAGAAAGAGUGGAUGGAUUUGAAGCAAGAGUACUUAAUGCUUCAGAAGUCCAGCAUGUCCAGUUUAAAGAAAACUAUGCUUCAAAUCAAACAGCAAAAUGAUGGAGAACUGAUGGAUGUGACUGACAAAAGCAGACAAGAACUGGAAAACAAUAAUGCAAAGGUUAACAAUGAAGGAGCCCAACCCUCUGUGAAGGUUAACACCCUGGGGCCUCAGUUUGUGAGUGGAGUCAUUGUGAAGAUCACCAGUACCGAGACCCUGCUGGGCAGGAAACAGAUCAAGGAUGCUUUGUUAGAAACUGCUGAGGUUUUGUACGUGGACCUGCUCGAAGGUGAUUCUGAGGGACACGUUCGGUUUAAAACUCCUGCAGAUGCCCAGACUCUGAUGAGGGCACAAAGAGAAAUACAGAGCAAGUACAACUGGAAACUUGAACUUCUCUCAGGUGACAGUGAACAACGCUAUUGGCAGAAGAUUUUGGUGGACAGACAAGCAAAACUAAACCGCCCCCGGGACAAAAAACGGGGCAUGGAGAAGUUGAUUGGCAAGGCCGAGAAAAUAAUCGUUGCCAAGACACACAAAGCUAACAAGCAUAUACAUUUCUCUGACGAAGACUGAAGAUGAUCACGCCACCUAGUACUUCUGUUCCACUGCUGGAUUUUUUUUCAGUACUUUGAAGAAUUUUAACAGUUUUGUACUGAACAUAGCUAUCAUUUGCAGUAGGCUGAGUGAUAUUCACAGUCAGUUUUUCGAGAAUACAGGAUAUGUUUGACUUUCUGAAUGUUCUAUGAAUUGUUUUGAUGUAAUGAUUUAAAAACCAUAAAUCUACUUCCAUGAUUUUGUUCUAAUAUUAAACCUGCUUAGAUGUAUCGAAAUAGCAGCAAGAUGUGAUUGGAUUCUCGUUUUCAGUUAUAACUUUAAACAUAAACCCAGAAUUUAAUUCUGUGAAACUGCAUUGAAAAUAGUCACUGUGUAAAUUUUUAACAAUUUUCAGUAAUGCCUUUUUAUAUAUUUCAUUAGAUCUCCACAAGAACUUGUCAGUAGUUUGUGAUUAUUCCCUUGCUAGAUAUGAACAUUACAACAAAAUAAAGCCAGAAAUGUGUGAUAUUUCUACUGACUUAGCAGAUCCUUGCUUUUUGCUGUGCCUCA